AUGGAAGUCAUUCAACAGCCAGUUCUUCACAUCGAAGCUCGCGUGAAGAACACGGGAGAUGGAAUGAUAGUUCGUACGGAUCUGAUCAGGAACGAUAUUACGCAGUGGCUCAUCGACAACUUCGUGGUCCUUUCACUGGGACAAGAGAUCUAUUCGUUUGACGGCCUGAAGGAACCGUACGCGCAGGCCUUGGAUUCCAUCCUCGUCACGGAGUGCAGUGGAGGGGAGACCGAAUCGGGAGCUUAUCGCCUUCAGCACGUCGAACUUGACGUCCAAGCGUACCAGCUUCGUCCACAAUUCGAGCACGAAAGCGCGCAGCAGACCCAGCACCUCGAGGAACCAGCCGACGCGAACGACGAUACGCCAAAAGCGAAGAUACUGGCUUUACCGAGCAAGGAGUUGGAUGGGCUGUGGGAAUCGCUUCAGUUCGACCAGCCGGUUCAAUCUACUCUUCUCAACGCCAUAACUCGCAUGGUCUCGUUCUCAACCCGCAAGCCUAACAAAUGGUCUAUCAACUGGAACAGAUUGGUUCUCCUCUGGGGUCCUCCGGGGACAGGAAAGACGAGCUUGUGUCGGGGGCUUGCUCAGAAACUUGCGAUACGUCUGGGAAAGCAUUACCCACAGAGUAAGUUGGUCGAGAUCAAUGCGCACUCACUGGGAAGCAAGUUCUUUGGCGAGAGCGGCAAAUUGGUGGGCAGGUUGUUCGAGAGCAUUGCGUCGUCACUCGAAGAGGAGGAAGACACCUUUUUUUGCGUCUUCAUAGACGAGAUCGAGACUAUCGCUGCUCGACGAGAACGGGCAUUGAGUGGCAAUGAGCCAUUCGAUGCCAUUCGCGCAGUGAACGCCCUGCUGACAGGGUUGGAUAAGCUGCGCAGCUAUCCUAACGUCGUUACCAUUUGCACGAGCAACUUGGUAAACGCUCUAGACGAAGCCUUUCUCGACCGGGUCGAUAUCAAACAAUUCAUGCCACACCUAUCCAACCGAGCGAUCUACGGGAUAUACAAGGACUGUCUAGAGGAGCUGAACCGUUGUGAGAUUGUCCAAGGGGUGUCGUUCGAUGUCGUUCAAGCCAACCCGGAGGAUCCGGAGACCGCUCUGCAGUAUGUGGAGGAGCCCAUGGAACAUCUAACAUUACCAACGUUUGAUGAGAUGCUCCUCAACUACCAGAUGUUCGCGGACGCAGUUCCCAAGCAGCUCGCAGAUGCCGCCAAUGCCAGUGUGGGACUCAGUGGUCGUACUCUUCGACGGCUUCCUGUUCUAUCAUUGGUGCUCCAUAACAACAGUAUUCGGUGUGCCCAUGUUCGAGAAGCAUUGGCGGCUCUGCGGAUGGGAAUAGCAUCGGAGGUUCAGGCCAAGGCGGGAGGACGUGUAGGCUGA